AUGCCUCGUUCUCGUGGAGGUGCUUCCCGACCUGCUCCGUCGCGACCGAAAGCUCCGGCUCCAGCUCCUCGGUCUGUAGCGCCACAGCAACAACAGCGUCCUAUGUCCACUGCUGCCCCGACCGCACCCGUUCAACAGGUCCCUCCUCCUGUUCAGGCAUCGCAAGGUCCCGGCCUCUUCGGCCAGAUGGCCAGCACUGCAGCUGGCGUCGCAGUUGGAUCUUCAAUCGGCCAUGCCAUAGGAGGUCUGUUCAGCGGCGGUGGCUCCUCCUACUCUGCGCCAGCGGAGCAACAACAGCAGCAGCAACCCACCGACGCCUACGGCCGCACCGGCGAUGCCAUGCCCAACGCCCUGUACAGUCAAUCGAACUCGGCCACCGAGGCCACGGGACCCUGUGCCGCUGACAUCAAGAGCUUCACCGACUGUAUGAACCAGAACCAAGGGAACAUGACCAUUUGCGGUUGGUACUUGGAACAGCUCAAGGCUUGCCAGCAGGCUGCGAGGCAAUAUUGA